UCACAAAAUAUCUGUUGUAUACAAACAAAUUUAUUACCAUAUUUGAUUUAUUAUGUCUGUUGACAAAGAAUGUAAAUACAUUUUCAAUUGUGAGGAAUUCUAGUCACUUGUAGUAAAAUAUAUAUUUAUAAAACAUAUUCAUAGAUAAAUUCUGAUUUCCGUAAAAUGGAGGUUAUGGAUUAUUCAGAAGAAGUACAAAUGGAAGAUGUAGUAGAAAUAGGAGAAUCUGAUAAUGAUAAUGCUGACAACUCAGAAAAUGAAGCUCAAACAGAAGAUACAAAAGACAAUGAUGAAGAUGAAAUAAAAGCAAAAAAAGCAAAAGAAACAACUUUAGACGAUUCUGAUAUUGAUUCUGAUCAGUCUUGUCCAAUAUGCAUGGAUUUAUGGACUAGUUCAGGAGAUCAUCGUUUAUGUUGUUUAAGAUGUGGACAUUUGUUUGGACAUAGUUGUAUUUUUAAAUGGCUGCAGACUUCUUGUACUAGUGCAAAUCGCCGGUGUCCCCAAUGCAAUAGGAAAGCUGCUGUAAAAGAUAUCAGAAUGUUAUAUGCCAAAAAAUUGACUUCGAUAGAUACCACAGAAUUAGAUAAAUUAAAAAAACAAUUAAAUAGCGUUAAUUCAGAAAAGAAUCGUAUAGAAAUGGAACUUUCAAAAUAUACUUUAAGAGAAAAAUUAUUUGAACAACAAAUUGCUGCCAUGAAAAAUCGGAUAUCUGAACUAGAAAGUCAGCAAUCAGAAAUAACUAUUCAUUCAAAUCAAAAUAUAUCUAAACAUAUGGUUAAAAAGUUCCAUUUAGAUCGAUCUAUAGAAAUAUGUAAGGAUGGCGGUUGCCGUGUAUUAGAUUACAAUCCGUGGUUUGGAUUCUUGGUUGUGUCACAGAAAUCAACAAAUACUUUAUUCUCAGGCUAUGGUAUUAAAAAAAUUGAUUCUGAUAAAUUUCAACCACGCCAGUUUAUUUUUUUGCAUAACCAAGUUAUAAGAGAUGUUACAUUUAAUACAUCUCAGCAAUCAUUACUGCUUAGUGUUGGUUUUGAUAAAUGUGCAAAAUUACUAGAUAUUCAAAGCCAUAUUAUUAUGCAUACUUAUCAAACAGACUCUCCAUUGUGGAGUUGCUGCUGGUCAGGCAAUAAUUCACAUGUGUUUUUUGUGGGUGCACAGAAUGGAUCUAUAACACAAUUUGAUAUUAGACAAACUUCUAGUGCUGUAGAAAUUUUAGAUAAUCCAGGCGACAGGUCACCAGUAGUUUCUCUAGCAACAGUGCCUUCUAAUUCGGGUAGCAGUAUUACUCGGGGUGGAUUCAUAGCGUGUCGUUUAAAUACCUGUUAUGCUUAUGAACAGAAAGAUUCAAAAUAUUUACCUAAACAAAUAUUUCUUGAAGGUCCGUUUGUAUCUGCGUGUUACGAUGAAAAGAAUAAUCAUACUUUAAUAUCUUCUCGACCAAACGUUAGACAACCUCAUGCGAGACACAUAGUGUGCACCAUAGAAAAAGGCAAUGAGGAAUCAACAAUUUGUAAUGUAGUACACACGUUCCACGCUGGUAAUUCUCAACAAUUAUUGUCUCGACCAUGUUUCAUAAAUGUUGAAAAUGAUACAUUAGUUGCUGCACACCAAGAAUCUACUAGCAGUAUAUCAUUAUGGAGUACAUCCACUGGAAAACAAGUAAAUAGUCUACCUGUUUCUGAUCCUGUAGUGGAUAUGUGUGCAAUUGACGUCACUAAUAAUUUAUUCUUGGCAACGCUUUCUUCAAAAAAAGUUAGAAUUUACAAUCAUGGAUAACUACCAUUGCUAUAGAAAUAUCUUUUUCUUCA